AUGCACACCGAUUCGAGCGCCACACAUCUGGACCGCCGCUCAGCCCUGGUCCCUGACAGUGUACAAAAGCGGAUGCAAACCGUGUACCCGUUACUGCAUCGGCUGUUGCGGAUAUGCUCGCUACGUGGUGCCGUUGUGUACGACUCUGCGGCGGUGAAGACUCUCGCUCGUAGAACAGCCAGCCUUCCAUCCGAUCACAGGAACUGGAUCUCAAAGGCGACUGUCAUCAUCGGGAUAGCUGGUGGGCGCCGUCAGAUCUCUUUUGAGAUGCUUUCACCGAUACGGUCUAUGCAGAUCGCCUAG